ACCAGCAAAGACUGAAGCGCGGAAGAAGGAACUACCAUGAGCGCGCAGCACCGAGGAUGGGUACGCCCAUCUGUGAAGAAGAUGGAAAUGUUCAUGGCUCUAGAGAAAAAGAACAGAGCCAUCCUGGUGAAGAGCAGCAAAAUUUUCAUUGAAAAAUCUUUACACUUCAUUUCGUCACUUAUGAAAUAUAAAAAGCUUGCAUCUCAGCAGGGACAAAGCUACAUGCAAGAGAUUCUGCACAGCAUUUUCUUCCUUGGCCUAAUUAACAGACCAAGGAUAAACCCUGAAGAUGUUCUGAAUGAAGAACUUGCCUUAAAGUUAAGACAGAAAUUUCCAGAUGCAUUUCAGAUAUACAGAACUAAACUACCCUCAAGACCACCAUACUCAAUUCUGCUGGAUGUGGUUGUUGAAAUAACUGGAGACCAAGAUGUGCCUGCUGUCCAGAAAAAGCUCUUGGACUUAAAUGCAAAAAUGCAUGUGCCUAAAUUACGGGAAGAUGGAACAGUGUGUGGAAAUGAUUUCACUUUAGCAUCAACUGUUGUGAGCUACUGCUACUUCUCAGACUCCCAGCAAAAAACCAAGAACUAUUUUGGUGUGUCUGUAGCCUGCAAGGGAGGAUUCCAAAGAAGUAUCUUUAUUGAUCAGGCUUGUAUUACGACAUGGAAUCGGAACGUGGCAUUUGCUGUGUGUUUGGCCGACAGCGAAAGUAAGUCAAUACAACUUCCAAAGUCUGUGUUUUCUGCAGCAUUUCAUAUGCUCAAUAACCUACCACAGAGAACCGCUAGUAACUCUAAUACACCCACCCAGCGGUACUACUCAAAACCUCCUUGUUUGAAAUGCUUAAAAAUAUUUCCAAAUGUAGUAUUCUUACCUCCACCCGAAAACAAUGACACACCUGCAUACUGGAUGUCUGGCAAUUGUGCAGAAUGUGAGGCCAUCAGUAAACUGUUGAAUGCAGAGAGCUGGGUGAAUGACAGAGUAGAGUUUGACCCCACUGUACCAACUCUUGAGGAAUUACUACAUGAAAGAAAGGAAAGACUGUAUCAGAAUCUGCGGAAAACCCCAUUUGAGGUUUAAUGGGGAUUCUUGAACAGAAGUUUCAUUCUGAAUGAUAUAAUGAAUAUUUUAGCACUUCAU